CCCUUCCUGCUCUCCAAGUUCCCUCCCUUCCCCUGAAGGACAGCCAGGAGCUGACAGCCUCACUUCUCUCAGCUGGGUCCCAGAAGUUGGUGAAAAUUGAAGAUGUGGCUGACGUGGCUGUAUCCUUCAUCCUGGAGGAAUGGGGACAUUUGGACCAGUCCCAGAAGUCCCUCUAUAGGGAUGACAGGAAGGAGAAUUAUGGGAGUAUUACUUCCAUGGAUUACGAGUCCAGGAACGACAAUGUGGAACUGAUAGUAAAGCAGAUUUCUGAUGAAGCCGCAUCGCCAUGGAUGACCUCAGGAAGCCCUGAAAGAAAUGUCCCCCCGAGUCAAGAGUUUGGAGGAGUUAGCGACCCUCACAGCGUGGUAGAAAGGUGGCAGGUCAACGCCCCCAUGGGGAAAUCAAGGCAGACCCCUUCCCAGAAAAGAGAUCUCGGUGCCAUCACAGACGUGAACCGGAAGCCAAACACCAAUGGCGAGAGAGGGCACCGAUGUAACGACUGCGGGAAAUUUUUCCUUCAGGCCUCCAACUUCAUCCAGCACCGGCGAAUCCACACGGGAGAGAAACCGUUUAAGUGCGGGGAGUGUGGGAAAAGCUAUAACCAGCGCGUGCACCUCACCCAGCACCAGCGUGUGCACACCGGCGAGAAGCCUUACAAGUGCCAGGUGUGCGGGAAGGCCUUCCGUGUCAGCUCACACCUGGUCCAGCAUCACAGCGUGCACAGCGGGGAGAGGCCCUACGGCUGCCCCGAGUGCGGGAAGAGCUUCGGGCGCCACUCCCACCUGAUCGAGCACCUCAAGCGCCACUUCAGAGAGAAAUCCCAAAGAUGCAAUGAUAAAAGAAGUAAGAAUACAAAAUUGAAUGUUAAGAAGAAAAUUUCAGAAUUUUCAGAAGCAGACAUGGAACCAACAGGAAUAAUCCCAAGAAAUGUUUCUCAGGUUCAAGAUUUGGGAGAAGGCCAUGAACACCAGGGUAAAUUGGAUAGAAAGCAGGGAAUUCCCAUGAAAGAGAUCCUAGGACAACCCUCUUCAAAGAGGAUGAAUUUCAGCGAAGUCACGUAUGUCCACAAAAAGUCCUCCACCGGAGAGAGACCGCAUAAAUGUAACGAAUGUGGGAAAAGCUUUAUUCAGAGUGCACAUCUUAUCCAGCAUCAGCGAAUACACACCGGGGAGAAACCAUUUAGGUGUGACGAGUGUGGGAAAAGCUACAAUCAGCGUGUACACCUAACUCAGCAUCAGCGGGUCCACACUGGGGAGAAGCCCUACACCUGUCCCUUGUGUGGGAAAGCAUUUAGAGUGAGGUCCCACCUUGUUCAGCACCAGAGUGUGCACAGUGGGGAGAGGCCCUUUAAGUGUAAUGAGUGCGGGAAAGGCUUUGGGAGACGUUCACACCUUGCUGGGCAUCUCAGGCUCCACUCGAGAGAGAAAUCCCAUCGGUGUCAUGAAUGUGGAGAAAUCUUUUUUCAGUAUGUUAGCCUCAUUGAACACCAGGUGCUCCACAUGGGCCAGAAAAAUGAACAAAAUAGCAUCCGCGGGGAAGCAUACAGCUGGAACUUAACGGUGAUUGAGGAUAAGAAGGUUGAGUUGCAAGAGCAGCCUUAUAAGUGUGAUGUGUGUGGCAAAGCCUUUCAUUACAGUUCAGAGCUCAUUCAGCAUUACAGAACUCAUACUGCAGAGAAAACCUAUAAAUGGGAUAUGUGUAGAGAAGGCGUUGGCCAGUGUUCCCACACAAAACAACAUCCAAAAAGCUAUUCCAACCUGAAAGCCCAUCAAUGUAACGAAUGUGGCAGAGGCUUUGCUCUGAAGGCACAUCUUAAUCAACAUCAGAGGAUCCAUACUGGUGAGAAACCCUUUCAAUGUAAAGAAUGCGGAAUGAGUUUCAGUUGGAGUUGUAGCCUCUUUAAACAUCUGAGAAGUCAUGAGAGGACAGAUCCCAUAAAUACCUUAAGUGUCUAG